AUGGUUGGUCAGAAAAUUGAUGGCACUGCGAUUGCAAAGAAACUCCGCGGAGAUCUCGCUACUCAGACAAAAACACUCCCCUUUAACCCGCACCUCGUAAUCAUUCAGCACGGCGCUCGCCCUGAUUCAAACAGCUACAUUCGCAUGAAGAGACUGGCUGCAGAAGAGGCUGGCUUCAAAUUCACCCACAUUCAAAUCCCUGACUCUGAUGGCGUCGAUAAGGUCCUCGAGCACGUUCGUCGCUGUAACCAGGAUGACGGCGUUCAUGGUCUUCUCGUUCAGCUCCCACUCGCUAAUGGCGGCAAAGACGGCGAAAGAAGCGUCGUAGAAACCAUCUCACAUGAUAAGGACGUCGAUGGCUUUCACCCACUCACCGCAGGUGCUCUCUCUUCGCGCCUCGCUGACCCUCUUUUCGCUCCUUGCACUCCCGCUGGUGUAAUCAAGCUGCUUGAAGAAUCUGGUGUUGAAAUCGCUGGCAAAUUCGCUGUCGUUCUUGGCCGCUCCGAUAUCGUCGGUACUCCUGCUAUGAACCUCCUCCGCCGCAAAGAUGCGACCGUCGUCCAGGUACACUCCAAGACAAAGAAUAUCCCCGAAUUAGUCAAGCAGGCUGAUAUCGUCGUUGCUGCUAUUGGUCAGCCUGAGUUCGUCAAAGGCGAGUGGAUCAAGGAAGGCGCCGUUGUCAUUGACGUCGGUGCCAAUUUUGUCCCAGAUGCUACCAAAAAGAGCGGUCAGCGCAUGCUCGGUGAUGUGGAAUAUAGCAAGGCCAUUGAAAAUGCUGCUCACAUCACUCCCGUUCCUGGUGGUGUUGGCCCUAUGACCGUUGCUAUGCUCAUGGUAAACACCUUUAGAGCUGCAGAGCGUCAGGCCAAACUCAGAGGUGGCAGAGGUCGUGGCGUUGUCACUCCUCUUCCUAUCCACCCACUCGAACAAGUUCCAUCUGAUAUUGAAAUCGCUAUGGCUCAGACACCCAAACCUGUUUCAUCACUCGCACAAGAGAUUGGCGUAUUAGAUGAAGAAUUGGAGCUCUACGGCCAAUCUAAAGCUAAGGUGGAGUUGAGCAUUCUCGACCGUCUCCAGCACCGCAAAGAUGGUAAAUACGUCGUCGUCGCAGGUAUCACUCCUACUCCGCUCGGUGAAGGUAAAUCUACUACUACCGUCGGUUUAGCACAAGCCCUUGGCGCUAGACUUGGCAGAAGCACUUUUGCAUGCGUUCGCCAACCUUCACAGGGCCCUACAUUUGGUAUUAAGGGUGGUGCAGCUGGUGGUGGUUACUCACAAAUCAUUCCAAUGGAUGAAUUUAAUCUGCACUUGACUGGUGACAUUCACGCCAUCUCCGCAGCUAACAACCUCCUCGCUGCCGCUAUUGACGCAAGAAUGUUCCAUGAAUCCACUCAGUCCGCCAAAGCACUUUAUAAUCGUCUCACUCCGGCUAAGAAGGGUGUCAGAUCUUUCUCCCCAGUUAUGAUCAAGAGGCUGCAAAAACUCGGUAUUGACAAGACAAGUCCGAGUGACUUGAACGAGGAGGAGGUUGCCAAGUUUGCCAAACUCGACAUUGAUCCUGAGACAAUCACCUGGCACAGAGUUACGGACACCAACGACAGGUAUUUGCGCAAGAUUACCGUGGGACAAGCUCCAACUGAGAAAGGUAUUUCACGUGAGACAGGUUUCGAUAUCUCAGUUGCUUCUGAGUGUAUGGCUGUGCUCGCACUUGCCAACGAUCUCCCCGAUAUGCGCAGAAGAUUGGGUGAUAUGGUUGUAGCCUCUUCGAAAUCAGGCGAACCGAUCACUGCGGAUGACAUUGGUAUUGGUGGUGCACUCACUGUGCUCAUGAAGGACACUAUCAAGCCAAACCUCAUGCAAACUUUGGAGGGAACUCCUGUGUUUGUACACGCUGGCCCAUUUGCCAACAUUGCUCACGGUAACUCAUCCAUCCUCGCCGACCGCGUUGCUUUGAAGCUCGCAGGCACAGAUGAGGGCGAGCCAUCUUCAUCUGGUGGAUAUGUAAUCACCGAGGCUGGUUUCGGUGCUGACAUAGGUAUGGAGAAGUUCUUCAACAUCAAAUGUCGCGUUUCUGGAUUAGUGCCAGAUGCAGUUGUGCUUGUUGCUACCGUGCGCGCUCUUAAGAUGCACGGUGGUGGACCGGAAGUGUCACCUGGAAAGCCACUCGACGACAUAUAUACGCAGGAGAACCUCGACACGCUAGCUGAAGGAUGUAAAAACCUUGGCAAGCAUAUUGAGAACGGCCGCAAGUAUGGCGUUAAGGUGAUUGUAGCGGUCAAUCAAUUCACCACGGAUACACCAGCUGAGCUUGAGUUGGUGAAAAAGUUGUCGUAUGAAGCAGGUGCUCACGCUGCCGUUGCAUCUAACCACUGGGCAUUGGGUGGUGAAGGUGCCAUCGAUCUCGCCCAAUCACUCAUCGACACUUGCGAACCAAAGGGCUCAGAUGGUGAGGUUCUUCCUGCGCAAUCAAACGACGACUUCAAGCUGCUCUACGAUGACAAUUUGACUAUGGAGGACAAGAUCUUGACCAUCGUAAGGGAAAUGUACGGCGGUGAAGCUAUUGAAUUGUCUGAAUUGGCUAAAUCUCAAGUGGAGACUUAUGUGAAGCAAGGAUAUGGAAACCUGCCAGUGUGUAUGGCCAAGUCUCACCUUUCACUCUCGCACGAUCCUAAGCUGAAGGGUGUACCAAGUGGAUUCACUGUGCCAAUUCGCUCAAUUAAGCUCAGUGCGGGUGCAGGAUUCGUGUAUGCUCUUUGCGGAGAGAUGCAGACUAUGCCGGGACUGUCAACUCGACCAGGAUACUACGAUAUCGAUUUGGAUAUGUCUGGAGAGAAGCCACGCGUCGUUGGAUUAUUCUGA